AUGCCAUUUUAUGGUGCAAAAGGGCAUCGGUUGCUCGAAAAGGAUGUGACAUUCAAAUUUGAUGAAGCUUGUCUGAAGGCGUUCGAGGAGCUUAAGGAGAAGUUGGUGGCUACCCCCAUCAUAGUGGCACCUGAUUGGUACUUGUCAUUUGAAUUUAUGUGUGAUGCAAGUGACCAUGCUAUUGGGGAAGUGCUAGCCAAGAGGAAGGAUAAGAUGUUCUACUCCAUAUACUAUGCGAGUAAGACUCUUGAUGAGCUGAAAAAUCAUGAGUACGCGGAGGAAGGUGGACAAAUUAAGGAGACAUUCCCUGAUGAGCAACUUUUUUCCAUUAUCCAUGACCCUGACCCAUGGUACGCGGACUAUACAAUAUACUUACCAAAUGAUGAGGAGAUGCAUCCUGAAAAAGAGGUGGAACUAGUGUUGUAUAACUGCCAUGCCUAUCCUUAUAGGGUCAAUUAUGGAGGCGAUAGGGCGACUGCAAAAGUGUUGUAG